GGGCCCUGAGCUUGCAGAAGGGGAAGCCAGCACGGGCACUGCCAGGGCCUUGGGAGUCCCCAAAAGAGGCAGCCUCUUCAAACCCGCCUGCCCGGCUCCACCCGGCAGGGCUGAGAGCGUCCACUGGAGCUCACUGUCAUCCAGAGCCCUCGCCUCAGCUCCUUGUUGAGAGAACCCUGUUUCUGUAAGGCCAGCAGGAAGGAGAAGGGGGGACGCCCCAAUCCUAACCCUUCAUCUGCCAGGGGAGAUGUAGGCGCCAGCACAGGGCCAGGGUGCAGAGCUCUGACUCAACUUCCAGCUGGAAGGAGACACCAGGUUGCAUCACGCGUCCUCCCUUCGCCCAGGUCUGGAUCGUUUCCCCAUGGUCCUGCCAUUCCCAAGGGCUCUCUGCCAUGGAGGGACCCUUCCCAUCGCCACAGCAACCCCAUCCCCUCCUCUCUCUCCUGGGACACACUGAGCCCUCAAUCCAGCAGGGCUCCUCAGCCAGGCUGGCCUGAGACAUGGGGUGGGCAGGAGGGGACGUGUGGGAUGACUGCUGUGCAAGCAGAGAAAGUCCUCGAGGAUUCGCUCGUGGAGGCUCUGGUGUUUGGACUCUGUGACUUGGCCAGUGGUUUGUGACGCUGGUUUGAGGUGCAGGGAAGGAAAUACCUAUUGGCUGCAUUGAAAUCUGAACCAGCAGGAGCUGGGCAGAUGCAGCUGGUCUCAAGGUCACAGCUCAGCCAAAGGCACGGAAGGUGGGGACCUGGCCAGAGCCUGGGGGUACAUGACCUUUCCCCGCCGGCCAGUGCGGCCGAGCUUCCCUGAUCCCUGAAAGAAAUACAGGCCGUGCGUGCUUUCGCGUGUACGGGGUGCCCACCACACAGGGUCUUUGAAAGCCGGGCUAUGAGCCCUCCGGGGCGGCCACCCCUCCACCCUGCCCCCUGGGCCAGCCUUCCUCCGACUGGGACAUGCCCGGCAGGGGUGACUCAGGGUCCUGCACUUAGUCACGUUCACUUAUAGCUGCAGACUCAGCGCAAGGGAUGGGGAUCGGUCUCCAGGACCCACCCCUGCCCGCAGGACCCCGAGUCGCCUGGCACCGGCCCCCACGCCACUCCCCACAAGGACAGCCAGGGGAGAGAAGCAGCCACACACAUGUGCCUCACCCCGGGGACAGAGAAGACGGUGCCUGCGGCUGAAGACCUGCAUAAGCUACAUGUGUGCUGGACUUGACACAGAGGACACCGUCCAGAUGAAGCAGGCCUGGCCUGUGUUUCUUUCACUUAAAGAAGUGCUUUAUUGUGAAAACUUGUGUAGCUGCCACCCAGGAUAGGAAACGAGACCUCAGAAAUGCUCCUGAAACUCUGCUCGCGGCAGCCACACCCUGGCUUCCUGGGGGUCUCGCCACCUGGGGACGCCCCUGGGAGCAGAGAGCCGGCCACUGACUGCGUCUGCAUUGGAUGUGGGUGGGAUGGCGGCGUGGUGCUUGGUGGGUGCAGACUCUCACAGUCGCCUACGCACCCCCGCAGGGGCAGUGCUCUCCGAGCUGCCGGCUGUGGCACAUGAUCCUGUGGGGACGGUUCCUGCAGGGCUGUCUCCCGAGAGCCUCAGGCUGACACCGCGGGGCGUGGAGUGUGCACUGUACUCGGUCCCAUCUCACAUUUUCAAAAGGGGAUUCCUCCGUCCACACGCCCAGCAGCAGUAAGAGCUCUGGUCUCCGUCUCCCUGACCCUAGUGUUGUCCGGAUUUAGAUGGUCACCAAUCUGACAUGUUAGGGAUGAACGAACCAGAGACUGCAAAUAUGUACCGGCCUCAUUUCCUCCACUGCCAAUGCCCACGCCAGGCCCUGCUUUGAAGCAUCUAGAAGGUUCCGAGUGCUGGCUUCCUCCAUGGUCCUUCCACGCCUGCCUUACUGACAUGAACCACCCCAGGGCUGGGGGUCUGUCAGCGGCACUGUGAUAGGUGGGGCACCGGAGGCCCCAAGAGGGUCCUGCCAGCAUCUCAGAGAGGCAGUGACAGGGCCCUGGACCCCCUUCCUGGGAUCCCGUUGCUGAGGGACACACCUUGGCACCCCAACUCCUCCCUCUCUAGGGCCCCCGGCAGCAUACAGCACAAGGGAGACCCCCGGGAAUGGGAGGGCAAGGGCAUGGCUCCCAUGGGAAGCUAUUUCGGGCAGUCUGGGCCCCAGCCCCAGGCUCCGGGGCCUGGCCACACGUGACCCCCAGGAGGCCAAGGCGGCCUGAGCUGGGUUCACCCUCCAGAUGGAAGCUCUCGUUGCCACUGCCCUGACCCCUGGCACCGGCCACUGCCAGCGUCCUAUCUCACCCAUCUGUGCCUUCCUCCCAUCUGGGCACCAGCACCCUGGCUGCUGGGAGCCAACCCGGGUGAUGGACGACACAGUGCCCUCUCAAGGGACCCUCCGUCCCUCCCCCAGAGCUAUUCCUGGCCCAGGCGCCUCCCCACUCCCAGCCCCCACCUGGCCUGACCCCACAGCUGGGAGCCAUUUGGCCGGGGGUGGGGCAGCCCUGCCUAUAUAAGCCUGGUCCUAGGUGUCCCAGGCACCCUGGAGGCCCAGACCCUCCACAGCUGACCUCUGCACACUCAGCCUGACCACAGCCAGCCCGGCAAUGACAGCGACCUCGCAGGCCCCUGACUAUGGUCCGGAGGAGCCCGCCUCCGAGGUGCCCAAGGUGCCCACGGAGCCCUCGGGAGAAGGGGCAGCAUCGAAGGCCUCAGGGCAGGAGCAGCCUCCCACAGCAACCACUGAGGCUCCUGCCCCCGCAGCCUCGCAGGCCCCUGACCGUGGUCCGGAGGAGCCCGCCUCAGAGGUGCCCACGGAGCCCAUGGAGCCCACGGUGCCCACAGAACCCUCAGGAGAAGGGGCAGCAUCGGAGGCCACGGGGGAGGAGCAGGCUCCCACGGCAACCCCUGAGGCACCUGCCCCCGAAGCCACUACACCUGCACCUCGAAGUGAAGACGUGCCCAGUGUCCCACUGCAGCUGACCAUCGAGGACGUGAGCGACUGCUCGGUGACCGUUAGCUGGGAGCCUCCGGAGAGGCUGGGGAGUCAGGGCCUCCAGGGUUACCUGCUGGAGCUCCGCAAGGAGGGAGCCUCGGAAUGGGUGCCCGUGAACGCUGGGCCCAUGAUGGUGACCCAGCAGACCGUGCGGAAACUGGCCCCGGGAGACAAGUUCUUCCUGCGCGUGGCUGCUGUGAGCCCUGCGGGAGCCGGCCCCCCCGCGACGCUGGACCAGCCCAUCCACAUCCGGGAGAUCAUCGAGGCACCCAAGAUCCGUGUGCCCCGCCACCUGCGUCAGACCUACAUCCGCCAGGUGGGAGAGAUGGUCAACCUGCAGAUUCCCUUCCAGGGGAAUCCCAAGCCUCAAGUCUCGUGGACCCACAACGGCCAAGCUUUGGACAGCAAGAGAGUGAGCGUACGCACCGGGGACCAGGACUCCAUCCUCUUCAUCCGCUCGGCCCAGCGCUCAGACUCAGGCUGCUACGAGCUCACUGUGCGGCUGGAAAACCUGGAGGCCCGGGCAGCCAUCAACAUCCUGGUCAUUGAGAAGCCCAACCCACCCAGCAGCAUCCGGGUGGUGGACGUCUGGGGCUGCAAUGUGGCCCUCGAGUGGACGCCGCCCCAGGACACCGGCAACACUGAGCUUCUGGGCUACACGGUGCAGAAGGCGGACAAGAAGACAGAGCAAUGGUUCACCGUGCUGGAGCGCUACCAUCCGACCACCUGCACCAUCUCCGACCUCAUCGUGGGCAACUCGUACUCCUUCCGGGUCUUUUCGGAAAACCUAUGUGGACUCAGUGACUCGCCCGCCAUCACCAAGGAGCUGGCCCACAUCCGGAAGAUAGAUAUUGUUGCCAAACUUAAAGGGUUUGUUGAGAGAGACUUCUCAGAAGCCCCUUCCUUCACCCAGCCCCUGGCUGACCACACCACCACCUCCGGCUACAGCACCCAGCUCUCCUGCAGCGUGCGAGCGUCACCCAAGCCCAAGAUCAUCUGGAUGAAGAACAACAUGAACAUCCAGGGGGACCCCAAAUACCGCACCUUCUCUGAGCAAGGCGUCUACACCCUGGAGAUCCGGAAACCCAGCCCUUUUGAUUCCGGGGUCUACACCUGCAAGGCCGUCAACAUGCUGGGGGAGGCAUCUGUGGACUGCCGGCUGGAGGUCAAAGGUGAGGGUUGGAGGAGGGUCUCUCCUGAGGGACCUGCCAGGGGGGAGAAUAGGGGAUGCACCUCUCCUGCGAGACCAGCGGAGGCCGAGCCCUGAAAACCCACAGGACAGGGCUGUGCGAUCGCGGGGUGGCUGCCAGGACUGUCCACACUCGGGAGGGCGGCCUAUGUGGGCAGAGGAGGAGGGGUGUCCGCCUGAGAGGUGGCCAUGAGCUGCUCUGGUUUCUCCACCCCCCACCUGGGCCCCCGAGGACCCCCCAGCUCUAACCUGUGGGAUUCUCUUCCAGCCUUAGCCACACACUGAGGAGCACCGAGGAGGCUGUGAUGGAGACACAGGUAAAUGCUGGACCUGCUCCUCUGGGCAGGGGCGGGGCAGGUGAGAAGGGGAGGGGCAGUCAGCGUGGGCACAGGUCUGCAGUCACCCACAGUCCAGAGACGGGGCAGCUGGCAGGCAGGGCAAUGCUGGUGGGGUCUGGGGAGCAGUGAUUUGGUGGACGGUCCAGUCCUGGCUCUGAGUGACCUGGGGCUGGGGUGCCCUCUUGGACCUGUUUCUCAUCAGAAAAGUGGGGCCCACAGGGCAUGCCCACCUUCUCUGUGACGUGGUCCUUAGGUGCUGGACACGGGGGAAGGGGUAGAGCCCAGACACCAGGAAGGAGAGAGGGCCUGCUUUCCCUGCCCUCCUCACCCCUCAGCCCAGUUUGCCAAGACCAGGCUCAUGGCACGUGUUCUCUGCCAGGUGCUGUGGGCCUGAGGGGUCAGGGCCGCCAGGCCCAUACCCGGCACCAUGAGUCUCCAGACCCCCUCUCCGUUGUGAUGACGGACGGACAGCUCUGCUCCCUGGCCCCAGCCUCACCUCCCUCCACCGAGGCGGCAGCCCCGUGCCCAGGAGUGGGCCUGGCAGCCCCGGGACAGGCUUACUGGGCACAAGGGCCCUGGACGGUGCCAAGGUUGCUGUGCCCUGCAAAGAGCUGCAUGCUGGGCAAGAAACAGUCCAAUAAAGUGCAUGUGUGCC